UGGAUGCACCGACAAGUUCAAAUUACCUGUCGGUUUUGUGGCUAAGAACAAGCCUUUCCUGCUCGGUUUUGCGGUGAAUUUAGCCCUAUUUUGACCUGUUUCGGUGCACAAAGGCAGGAUGAGUGAUGCGAAAGUUCUGUUCGAAUAUGACGCCGAGGCAGAUGAUGAAUUGACGCUUAAAGAAGGGGAUUUCAUCCGAAAUGUAGUCAAGAAAGAAGAUGGUUGGUGGGAAGGUGAACUGCACGGUAGAAGAGGAAUGUUUCCCGAGAAUUUUGUCGAGGAAAUAAAGAGACCUGCUCCUUUAGACAAUAUAGUUCCAGAGCCCCAAUUACCUACGAACCCAAUGAGUGACAAGAGCAGCAGAGCAAAGGUGACCUUUGACUAUGAUGCUGAGAACGAUGAUGAAUUGACGUUGAAGGAGGGAGACAUAGUGAAAGUGCUCGAUCAAGAAGAAGAAGGAUGGUGGAAGGGAGAGUUGAAAGGAAAGAUUGGAGUAUUCCCUUCAAAUUUUGUUGAACUCAUUCAUGGUCCCCCACCUGGUCCUGUUGAAUCUCCACCAGAACCACCAAAAGAACCAGUUACUGGAGAAAAGAAAGCAAAAAUGAUGGGAGGAUUAGGUAUGGGACUCACACAGGAUGCUCUUUCGAAAGUAAAACUUAAGAAAAACACGAGUGGAAUAUUGGGAAAUGGUAACAUAAAAUCGGAGAAACCUGUGGAACCACCUCAACACAGUAAAGCAUCUUUACCGAGGAGAACGGCUCCUCCUGCUCCACCAGCCACCGGACAUGGUGGGCCAAAAAGACCGCCAUUGAAAGGAAAGGAACGAGUCGUUGUGGAGUAUGAUUACGAUGGCGAACAAAGUGAUGAGUUGACUCUGCGUGUUGGUAAUAUUGUGACGGUACUUGAGAAGGAUGUUAGUGACGGCUGGUCCAAAGGAGAAUUAAACGGAAUUGUUGGAUUAUUUCCUGACAACUUUGUCAAAGCGCUUCCUUCUGAACUUCCCAAUAAGGAACCAGAGAUGACGAAAUCUUGGAUCCCAGAUCUUCCCAAGAAACCUCCGGUUCUGGCCGGAGAAGAUGCCGUCGACAAUAAACCCCCGCGACCCGAGUUUCCUAAACUUAAAAAAACCAACAAAGAGGAUCGACCUCCCCCCGUUAGCACAGUCAACCAAACUGAGAUACCCGUUAAGUUGAAACCUGUGCCCCAUCCCCCCAAUGAAAGCGUCCAAAAAAAGCCAGACACCCCUCCUGUACCAGACUCCAAACCUAGUGUUGAAGAUAAACCGAAAUUACCGAUCAAGAAAUCUCCCCCGUUGUUACCCAAAAAGCCUGAAAAACCCAAACAGCCCGAGUUUUUACAUAAGCGAUUGAACAAUGUCGAUAAAGAUCCGACAAAACGACUUUCUGCCGCCGUCGCACCCGUAGAGAAACCUCUAGAUGCGCAUCUAAAGAGACAUUCGCAAGGAGAAAUUCCUGUAAAUUUUAAUGACAUCAAAUCGAAUUCAGUUUUGCAACCCCUGACAUCGGAUCGUCCGAAAAAUCCAGCUAAAAAUCCUCCAACGAAAUAUACUUCAUCGUCGAACGUACAGAAGAAAACUGUUCCUUCAGAGUUACCCGACGCAUCUCUAUCUUCAAAACAGGAGAAAAAUAUAAAAAAUGUCCUUCCUGACAAACCUCCUGCGCAUGAAAAGCCUUCCAAACCAAUCGUCUCCGAAUCUGUGAAACCACUGGCGAAACCUUCCGACACUAAGUCGGAUUCUGCGGAAGUCAAGAAACUUAAGGACGAUGUACUAUCUAUGAAAAAUGCAUUUGAGUCGCUCACGAAAAAAUUCAAUGAACACGCCCAAAAAACGGAAAAACAAAUUCAGAAAUUGGAAAAACGAUUUACGGACGAGAUUGAAGAUCUCACGAAAGAACUCGACGAGGAGAAAAAACUCCGCUCGGCUUUGGACGUAGAAGUCAGUCGGUUAAGAAAGUUGAUUAAGAAUCAAACAAGCUCCUAGCAUUUUUAGCAUUACUUAAAAAAUCUUGAAAUUUCGGGGCCUAUAGCCCCUUUGAAACUGAUCACGUGGACGUAUCCUUUUCAAACGAUAAUAAUUUCCAGGAAAUUUAAAAGGUCUAUUUUGCUGACAGGCGAUUUUUGCUCGUGUGUGUAAUGAUUGCAGCUCAGAUAUUUUAUACGAAGAUCUUUAUUGUAAGAAUUAUAGGUAGUUAGAAAAGUCAAGCAUUUCCUACUUCAUCUCGGAAGCUACGAGUGUAGAAACUAACGUAUUACGGCGCCAUGUUUUUUGUUACGCCCCCCUGAUUUGAUAAUAAAUGUAUGUCCACUCCGGAUGAAGAAAUUUAUAA